AUGGCGUAUAACCCUGCUGGGGAAAUGAUCGCUACAUCGGAAGCAUACAGCCUAGCUAAAAAGCUACUGGAUGCAGAGACUACUAAAGAUAAGAGCGUUGUCGUGUUCUCAAAUGGCCAAACUUCAACCUGCGACAUACCCGAAACUAGAUAUGGGGAUGAACGCGCCAUUGCAAAUAAGUUGCACAAUAAUGACACGGAUAUUAUUUACGUCCCCAUCGGAACACCAGUGAAUCGAUCUAAUUUGGACGAAAUCGCGCACGACCCCAACAACGUAGCAGACCCGCAAAAUCUCACGACAAAGCAGGAUCCUGCCCGUUUGGAGAAAGCAAGGACUGGUUGGUUCAGCGGCUCAAUGGGACACCAGCUACCACAACCGAGGCGUGGGAAACUACAAAGGAAAAGCAUGGAACGACGCCUGGAGCAGCGGAGAGAACCACUGUUUCCCAGGCAGAGACGGAGCGUGCUGGAGUGCGUGAACUCUCAACGACUGCGGAAAUGUCUGAGCUGA